AUGGCUAGCGCUCCCCCGUGGCACUUCGCAACCAGCGCUUCCAGCGUGCGCGCCAUGGCAGGCCCUGUUGGGGUGAACCACGAUGCACAGUGCCUACGAACAGCGCUUGAAGCCCUCGGCUCGGAUGGCCUUGAGGGCCAAACGCUGCGGCACUGUCUGGGUGCCGCACAUCUGCGUGGGGAUACUGCCCAUGUGGACUUCCGGAGUUUGCAGGCCGAGCUGGGAGCCUUCGUGGCUGCGGUGGCCUCUCUGAAUCCAGCGAACUCGCCCAGAAAAGCGGUGCAAAGGCAAUCGCCCAGGGCAGUGCCGGAAGGCAUCAUGAGUGCUGGGGGUCUGGCAGAAGGCAGAGUACGGCACAAGAUGGGCACCCAAGGCAACCAGCGGGCUGUGCCAAGCCGACCUCGCCCGGUUCUAGAAGGUGUGAGUUCCGCUGGAGGAAGACCGUCGAUACCUGGCCUGGUCAAGGCUCAGCAGAUCAGCUGCCCACCCACGCCAGAGGAAACCUCGCCCAUGUCAAGCAGCUGUGCUGAUCAUUGCCUGAGUACGCCCACUGCGUUGACACGGCGUAAGGAAAGGUCUGAGCCUAGCCCUUCCAAGCCCAAGAAGCCAGCGAGCGGAGACGUGCAUGCUCGUGAGGCUGGGCGAAUCAUGGAUGGUUCCUCGCAAAGCGAUGCGGCGUCUCCGCCGUCCGAGGAUGCCUCUACAGCAGUGCCGCAGUCAUCAUAUACCAGUGAAGGAGCUUGCACCCCGUCGGUGCCAUUCUCACCUCCCUCUCGGUUCCGUCCGGUUUCUGGAGCUGCCGCCUUGCCAUCUGGCUCGCGAGCUGGCUCCAAAGAGCCGCAGGCGGCAUACCGAGGCCCGCCGGCUGAGUCGAGGACACCGCGCUGGCAAGAUGUUCAGAUGGCAUCGGCGGCGCGUCGCAGAGAGCAGUCCGCAGAGGCAACCUGUGGGCAGCGCGCUGCGCGCACUCCCCGCCCGGGCGCGCAUGUUCGAACGCCGAGCAAUCCCAGUGCAGUUCGUCUUGCGGAAGAGGUCAAUAAGGGUCACGUUCUCAUCAAACGGGAUCGGGACAGUGUGAUGAAAACGGCUGCUGCACAUUUUCAUGCCAGUCCAGGGCAGCCAGUGAACAGCUUGGAAUUCUACGCCGUUGGCAGACUGCUUGGCAAGGGGGCCUUCGGAAAGGUGAAUGUAGCGGUGCACAAGGUGACAGAGGAGCUUUCUGCGAUGAAGCAAUGCGACCGUCGUCGCAUGACAGAGGUGGGGAACAAGAAGAGCCUCAUGCAGGAGGUUGCGAUCAUGAAGCGCCUGACCAGCCAUGCGAACAUCAUUCAGCUGUUCGAGGUCAUCGAGACGGCCUCUCAAAUUGUGCUGAUGAUGGAGUUUGCCACCGGCGGUGACCUCCUACGCUACGUGCGAAAUCGACGACGGCUAGCAGAGCCAUGCGCGAAGGACCUCUUCAAGCAGCUCAUGGAGGGUUUGGAGCACGUGCACGAGAUGCACGUCGUUCACAGGGAUAUCAAGUUAGAGAACUUGCUGCUGGAUCCUUUUGGCUGUGUCAAGAUCGCAGACUUUGGAGUUGCAGCUAUUGUCCAGCCGGGAAAGAAGCUGCAUGACCACUGUGGUACACCAUCGUACAUAGCUCCGGAGAUCCUGCAGGAUGCUGGGUAUGAGGGGUUUCCCGUGGACGUAUGGAGUGCCGGAGUCGCCUUGUACGCUAUGCUUUGUGGCCGACUUCCCUUCAAGGGGAAGAGCAUGUCGGAACUGAAGCGAUACAUCCUUCGUGGCAAGUUUCAAUGCCCGAGUCACUUGAGUCCGGCGGGUGAAGAGCUUAUUGGGAGCAUGCUCACAAUGGAGCCCAGGAGCCGCGCCACCAUCAAGCGGGUGCUGUCGCACAGUUUCCUAGAGGGCAUCGCAAAUCGUGCCAAGCAGAUCUACGGGUGCUUGCUUUGCCCCAUGCACCCAGAGGAUGGCAAGCCAGAGGGCUGCGUGAACCUCGCACAGUCGGCCCCUACUCGUGCGGUUCUGCAGAAGGUCAUGGAUUUUGGAUUUCCCUCGGCUAGCACCGAGGAGUCGUUGACUCUGGGUAGGUUUGAUCACGCAACAGCAAUGUUCCACCUCGUCGCUCAGCAGGUCAUGCGCAGGAGAGUAGAAGCGCAGGACUUCCGGCCUGAAGCUGGUGAUCCUGCACGUUUGCAUCCAGAUGCUGGCCGCGCGGAUGAAGGCGAAGAGGAGCUGGAUGGCGGUGGAACUGACGAUGUGUCCACACUGAUUCGUGCAGCACCCUGCUGA